UUAAAAGCGGCAAGUCAAAGGCGCGUUCGAUUCGCUGACGAACCAGUGGCUUGAACAAAUAGUAAAAAUGAGGUUGGUGCUUUUGAUUUACCUGAUAGGAUCGCUUGCAAUUCUCGAAGCUACCCACAAUCAACGAUGGGAGAUGUUACAUCGCGAGCCUCCAAUUCAAGGCAAAUCGAUGAAAAACGUUCGAACGGUAGAAACCAAAUGGAUAAGGCAAAAAGUAGAUAAUUUCGAUCCUCAGAAUCCUUCCACAUGGAGCAUGCGAUACAUGGAAAAUGCUGACUACUAUGAAUCGGGUGGACCACUGUUCGUGUAUGUUGGUGGUGAGUGGACCAUCAACGCCGGUAGUAUAUCGUGGGGACAUUUCCAUGACAUGGCGAAAGACCUUGGAGCAUACCUGUUUUACACCGAACAUCGGUUUUACGGAUUGAGUCGUCCUACUGCGAGUACGAGGACUGACUUACUGAAGUUCUUGAAUAUCGAUCAAGCAUUAGCCGAUUUGGCCCAUUUCGUAGAGGAAAUGAGAAAUACCAUUCCGGGUGCAUCAAAUGCAAAGGUAAUCAUGGCUGGUGGUUCAUAUGCAGGAACUAUGGUAGCCUGGUUUAGGCAAAAGUAUCCUCACCUGAUAGAUGGUGCGUGGGCAUCGAGCGCACCAUUGCUAGCUAAGUUGGACUUUGUAGAGUACAAGGAAGUAGUAACCGAAUCAAUUCGACUGGUUGGUGGUGAUGACUGUGCCAAUCGAAUCGAUAGAGCUUACGAUCAAAUGGAAGAUCUGUUGAACCAGGGUGAGUUCGACAGGGUGCGCGAAGAAUUCAAAGUAUGCGACAACAUAGAUUUCUCGUACCGGUAUGAUACGAGUAAUUUUCUAAGUACGAUAUCCGACUACUUAGCUGGAACAGUUCAGUAUCAUAGAACCGGAGAUAUAGAGGGUGUUUGUGAGAUCAUAAAUGACGAAUCGAUUACUGAUGAUAUGACGGCAUUAGCAAAUUGGUUCACUCGGUAUGUUUACGAUUGUGUGGAUUUAUCAUAUUACGAAACUAUUUAUUACUAUCGGAAUACAAGCUGGGAUCACGGAGCAAAUCGUGGAGCAAUGAGACCUUGGUUAUAUCAGACGUGUGCAGAAUACGGAUGGUAUCAGACGUCGGGCUCGGAGAACCAAAUCUUUGGAUCAGGAUUUCCCGUUGAAUUUUACCUUAGAAUGUGUUCUGAUUUGUACAACUAUGUGUUUACGAGAACUUUGCUAGAAUCGAACGUCGCUCGAACUAAUGUUAUUUAUGGUCAUAUGGCUCCGGCAGUUACCAACGUGUUCUUCACUCACGGACAGCUUGACCCGUGGCGACCGAUGGGAUUGCAAGAGGACCUGAAUGAACAUUCACCGGCGGUUGUUAUUCCAUUGGCAUCUCACUGCGAAGACCUCAGUUCCAUCAGUGACGCAGAUUCGCCAGAGAUGCUAGCAGCGAAGGAACGUAUUUUCGAACUCAUUCAGCUAUGGUUGAGCAAUGGCCCCAACGUCCCCUAGGUACAUUAGUGCUGUCAGUUUUAAUUGAUUGAAUAAAAGAAAAUCUGUUCAAACUUA